GAAGGCAGAAUAAAUUGGGUCACCUUGGAUGGGUGAAAGCUAAAGGCAUUAUUGGUCGCAGCAGUAUAACGAUGUCAUGGUGAUUGCUCUGAGAUUCAAUAACAGCUAGACCAGUAUGUCAACAUAAUUUUGUUGGUCGAAUGGCUGGGCUACUUUCCUUUUGAUGAAGACAAUCAAAGGUCCAGCCAUAUUCUUGGCUCAGUAUACUUCUGAUCAGCCGCCAUUCGAUACCAUCGACCACCUUGCCAAAUGGGCUAGUGAUUUAGGAUACGUUGGAAUCCAAGUUCCGGUCGACGAUCGCUUAAUCGAUAUUCAAGCAGCGGCCACGAGCAAAGAAUACUGCAAUGAUCUGAAGACGAGACUUGCCAAAUACAAUGUUGUUAUCACUGAGCUUUCAACUCAUUUGCAAGGCCAGCUCAUUGCUGUUCAUCCAGCUUAUGACCAACUCUUUGACGGCUUUGCCCCGGAACACGUUAAAGGUGACCCAAAAGCGCGCCAGGCUUGGGCCGAAGGUCAACUUAAACUGGCAGCGGCGGCCUCACAUAACUUGGGUUUGACCACUCACGUCACUUUCUCCGGUGCUUUGGCAUGGCCGUAUGUCUAUCCAUGGCCACAACGACCGACAAAUCUCGUAGAAACAGCAUUCGCGGAGUUAGGCAAACGAUGGCAACCUAUUCUGGACGCUUUCGAUACAGUCGGCGUAGAUGUCUGUUACGAGCUACAUCCUGGAGAAGAUCUUCAUGAUGGUGUCACGUUUGAUCGGUUUUUGAAAGAAGUUGAUUUUCAUCCGCGCGCUAAUAUCCUUUACGAUCCCAGCCAUUUUCUACUACAACAGCUGGAUUAUCUAGCUUUCAUCGAUAUUUAUCACAAGAGGAUCAAAGCUUUUCAUGUGAAGGAUGCGGAAUUUAGACCUGAUGGAAGACAAGGUGUAUACGGAGGCUACUCUAAUUGGGUAGAGCGGGCUGGUCGGUUUCGAUCGCUUGGAGAUGGACAGAUUGAUUUCAAAGGCAUUUUCACAAAAUUGGCACAGUACGACUAUUCUGGAUGGGCAGUCUUGGAAUCAGAGUGUGCGAUCAAGCAUCCGGAAGCUUGUGCGGUAGAAGGCGCUACUUUUAUCAAGCAGCAUAUCAUCAGGGUGACCGAUCAUGACUUUGACGACUUUGCACAAAGUUCACUGGAUGAUGCACAGAUGCGACAGCUUUUAGGUUUGUGAAGCGUGUUACCAUUACAUUUUGUUGGUG